CUAAAUGGGACUAAAAAACAAUUGAAGUGAAGCAUACGUAAAUUUAUUUACAAACAUCUACAAGCGUGUUCGGUAUUUAUUCACAUGUGGUGUGUAAUCAUAGAGAUUUUCCUGAAAACAACUAUAUUAUGCCACUUGUACGAAAUUUAACAGCAUACUCCGAUAGUGGAGAGUAUUUAGCUUAUUCAAGUCCGGAUGGAUGCCUAAAAAUCUGGGAGACAGCAACAGGGGUAUUAAAGCAAGAAUAUACUCCAAGUUCCCAUUUAUCAGCAACAUGCUCUUCUUUGUCAUGGGGACCUUUUUCAAAUCUGAAACAGUCCAAAAAAGUAAGAGGAUCCCAUGCAGGAGCAUAUGCAGAAAUUUUAAAUUUGCGUCUAGUUGCAAUGGGGACCAUGGUUGGUGAUAUAUUAUUGUACAGUUUUACAAAUGCAGAUCUUUUUACUGAUUUGAGUGGUGGUCACACUGGAGUUGUUAAUGAUGUUGUCUGGUAUGCUGAUACUUUAUAUAGUUGUUCAGAUGAUCAUCAUAUUAUUAUUUGGAAUGUUUCUGAAAGUUGUAUUAAAAUGAAAUGGAAAGCUCAUACUGGACCUAUUUAUUCUAUUUGUGUUGUUGAUGACAAUAACAUUCUUUCUGCCAGCAAUUCUAUCCAAUGGUGGGACAUCAAGCAAAAGUCUGUUUUAAAGGUUUUUAAUGGGCAUGGAUCUGAAAUAUUUAAACUUAUACCUCUUAUUGCUGGAAAUAGUUGUGAUUAUUUUGUGUCUGCUGCCGUUGGAGAUCGAGUUAUCAAUGCCUGGCAUUUCAAGAAAGAGAGUACUACUAGUUCCAAAGCAUCAUUUGUAUUGCCUGAUGAACCGGCAAACAUUGAUAUUCUUUGUAAAGGGAAUGAAUCGCUGCAAAUGUCAAUUGUUUCUCAAGAUGGUUCAUUUCAUUUCUUUGAGCACCUAUUCAAUGGGAAUGUGAAAACCAAACCUUUGCAACCAAAAUUCUCGAUAAGAAUUGCUUCAAAAUCUAACGAAAGCCAGAAAGCACAAGUUUUGCCUGUUCUUGCUGCUAAAAUAUCAAGUGGACUUGACCUUAGUUUACUAGCUUAUGGAAAUUUUUUAAAGCCAAUGUUUGAAAGAAUUAAUAUUUCUGAUGUUACUAAAGAUGUAUUUCUAAUCAGGAGUAUCACUGAUGCAUCAUCUAGUGGAAAAGAUAGUAUUAGUAAAAUUAAGCAAACAGAAAAGUCAAGUAAUGUUAAAUUAUUAGUUCCUGGCCAUAUGACAAAUCUAAGUUUUUUAGAAAGUUCCUCAAAGAAAAGGAAGAAAAAAAACCUGGAUAUAAAAGAAUUACCUAUGGAAGAACGCUUAAAAGCUCUUGAUUUGAAAAAAUCUCCAAACGAAAUUUCUGAAAAUGAAGCUGCUGUGAAAUCUGAUAGUAUGGUUCAUCUGCUGUUACAAGGUCUUCAAAGUAGGGAUAACAACAUGCUUAAUACUGUGUUUGGUUGUAGCAACGAACUGGUUAUUAUGAACACCAUUGAAAGGCUCCCUAUUCAAUCGAUAUUUUCCUUACUCGAAGUUCUUUUCAUAAGAUUGCAUAAACUAAACCCUAGGACUUGCCUGAAGUGGUUGACUGCUCUCAUAACGAUUCAUCUGUCAUAUUUUAUAUCAAGUCCAGACAUAUGUCAAUGUAUUGCUACUUUUGAUCAAUUCAUUGCUGCCAGAAGGGAUGCAGUUAGUCAACUUGCUCGAGCACGAGGUAUAUUGUCCAUACUUAUGGCACAGGCCAAGUUAGUAUCUUCAAAUUCUUCUGAUUUUUCAAACAAGCCUUUAGUUGAAUACAAUUCAGAAUCCGAGGAAGAAAAUGAUGCUGGAGUUGGUGAUUUUGAUUCUGAAACUAAGAUAACUCAUAUGUCAACAUCAGAUUUCAUUGAAAGUGAAAACAGCGACUCUAGUGACAUGGAAGAUGACUAGAUGUUGACUUUUUCAUUUCGUCAUUUAAUGCAUUGUAAUAUACUCAUUGUUAAGGAUUUUUUUUAUAUAUAUUAUUUUUAAAAGAAUGGUUUGUAAUAAAAUAUAUUUUUGGACUGUUUAA